AUGGAGGGCUUUAGCCGCUUCUUUCAAGUCAGAUCUGAGCAGUCUGCCGUUCUUAGUCGGUUCUAUGAACAUACCAUCACAAACCAUGAUAAUGGAUACUCCCUCUUUAGCAAGGUCCGUCUUUUAGUGUGUUUCAACAAACAACGUGCCGAUCAAAAACUUAUUCAAGACUUACGCGCUAAGUUUCGAGAAGACGCUGUGCUUGUGAUGGAAAACUGGUCCGCCCCCAUGCUAUACAAGACCAGUAGGUACUGUCCAGCAUGCCACAACGAAAGCCUCCACACGUUCCGUCGUGUUCCAAAUCCACGACUGUAUCAACGAGAGCGAUAUUCUACGGCU